CGCCACCAUUGCCGGCAAUUGUCAGAACCCGCAGAAGCUUUCAUCAGAUGAAGAGUGCUGGUGGCUUUCCAGAGAAACGAAAGCUACUGAAUAGACAAGGGCAUCAUGUCGGGGUCACAGCGGCCCGCCAGGAGCCGGAAAACCGUCUCCAAUGGGAUGAAAAAGAUCCACAUCGAUGAGGGAGUCAAAAUAUCCGUGAACGUGGCUCUGGAGAGGUUUCGCUACGGCGACCAGAAAGAGAUGGAGUUUCCUUCGUCCCUGACCAGUACUGAGCGGGCUUUCAUCCAUCGGACGGCUCAGUCUCUGGGAUAUAUCUCCAGGAGCAAAGGGUACAAUGAAAUGAGUAGAGCUGGGGCCUGUACGACGAAGCUGGCUCAACCUAACCUGGAUAUGUUUGAGUUAGCCGGUUGGCCUAAUCCAAAACAUACGCGCUCUCGCUAAACGGUACUAC